AUGAACCCUUGCAACGGAAACUGCUCUUGCGGUGCUUUGUCGUCCCCAACGACUCCAGCGGCGUUGCUCCUUUGUGCGAUGGACUUUUACAGAGUUUACGCCAUUAUGAUUCUGACUGCAGUGUUCAUUGCUGCCUAUGGCCGCUAUGGUUUGAAUCAAAUCUUUGCUUUCAAUUCUGAGCCUAUAAUGUUCCACUCAACCUGCGACCAUGACUGA